AUGCGAACCACAACCUCUUUUCUUCUCGGAGCCGCGGUUGCUGGAAGUACACUGGCCGUACCGUUGGUGGACUCUCGCCAGGCCGACACUUGCGCCCCGAUACCAUCUCCGUUUCCAACAUGGCAACAACUCCCCACGCAAUCGUCUCUCCCGGACCCGCUGCUCCCUCUCAAGUACACCACCACGGAUAACGUCAAGGAUAUUCUGGUCGGAAAGGGCCCGAACCGCGUCCAAACUCCCGAACAAUGGUACAAGUGCCGACAGCCCGAGAUCAUUCAGCUGCUGCAGGAGUACCAGUACGGUUACUACCCGGACCACUCCCAAGAAAAAGUGGAAGCCACUCGUAGCGGCAACACGGUCAACAUUGCGGUCACGGCGGGCGGAAAGACGGGCAAGUUCAAGGCCACCAUCUCGCUUCCGUCCGGGGCAUCGGCAUCGAAGAAGGCACCGGUGGUGAUCAAUAUUGGCGGCAUGCAGAACCAGCCAUACUUGAGCGCGGGGAUUGCGAUUGCACAAUUCGAUUACACCUCGGUAGCGCCGGAUAGUAACUCGAAGACGGGGGCUUUUUGGGAUAUCUACAAGGGGAGAGACAUUGGCGUCUUGACGGCCUGGGCAUGGGGUUUCCAUCGGACACUCGAUGCGCUGAACACGACCGUUCCCGAGAUCGACGCGAACCGGGUCGGCGUGACUGGUUGUUCCCGCUUGGGCAAGGGUGCUCUCGCAGCCGGCCUCUUUGACAGCCGCAUCACGGUGACGAUGCCCAUGUCGUCCGGGGUGCAAGGAGUCGGACCAUAUCGAUACAUCGGACUGAGCGGACAGGGCGAGAAUCUGGAGAACAGCAAGUCGGGUGCUGGCUGGUGGACCAACAGCAAGCUGGGGACUUUUGUCAACCAUGCGCCGAAUCUUCCAUACGACGCCCACACGAUUGCGGCGGCAAUCGCUCCGAGGGCCUUGAUCAUUGACCAGGGCACGGGCGACGCUUAUACCGACAGCAAGGCGACAGCCAUCGUGGUCUAUCCGGCUGCAAAGGCCAUCUAUGACUGGCUUGGAGUGGGUGACAAGAUUGGUAUCAGCGUUCGAAGUGGAGGGCAUUGCGAUAUGAGCGGUUUUUCCUCGGUGUUGCCGUUUGUGCAAAAGGUCUUCUUCGGGACUCCGACAACCAAGGAUUACAAUAACCUGGGUAGCUAUGGGUCGCCCAUGUCGACUGCUUUCCCGUGGUCGACUGCUCUUCCCAAGGCCCAGUGA